CGUCAUUGUCCCAAAUUGAACCACUUUUUGGUCCCUCCAUCACCGGUUCAUUACAAAUCUCCCCCGAUGGCGUCAAGUGUACAGAAGGCGUACAAUCGCCCAUUGUUGAAGUAUAUAUAUCAAUGUCCGUCGGGGGUUCUACGCUCUGAAUAACAUCUAUUCGUGAACUAUGAAUACUACCUCCCGAAGCUGAUUAUACACUGUUCGAGAAAAGUUAAUCUUCUACAUCAUAGCACUCCACAAUGUCGCAUCUCCUUCACAAGGUCAAAGAUGCCGUAACCGGCCAUCACCACGAUUCCAACGAGCAUCGUAGUCAGGCUGGAAAUUCUAAUGCUGGAAAACACGAAUCAGAUACUGGCUAUGGAUAUAGGCCCACCGAUAAGUAUGGGUCCAAUACCAGCGACUACAGCUCUCACGAAUACGGAUCGAAGAGGGGUGCGGGCAGCUAUGACUCCAGCACCAACACAUACGGUUCUCACACUGGCCAGGGCAGCUACGGAUCCAACACUACUAAUUACGACAAGCCUAACACAGGCAAUUAUGGGACUGGUGCUGGUGAACAUGGCUCCCAUCCAACUGCGGGUAACUAUGGGUCUGGUGCUGGAGAGUAUGGCACCCGCCCUAAUGCUCGUAAUUAUGAAACCGGCGCUGGGGAGUAUGACUCUCGUCAAGGUGCGGUUCAUUAUGGAACAGGCACCGGUGAUCUUGGCUCUCAGGCAGGCGCUGGCGGUUAUGGUGGUUUUGGGUCUGGCCCUGGUCGUUAUAGUUCAGGCACAGACUCUUAUGGUUCCCCUGGUGGUGCACCAGGAGGUAGCAGCUACAACACGCCUGGAUCCGGCAUCAGCCGGCACAGUGAAGGUGCUCAUGGUCAUGAUCCGAGUAAACUGGGCUCUCGUACUCUUGAGUCAGAUAACCGAUACCCUGCAGGCGGCACACAGCGUAGCCAACGGUAAGCAACGUUCAAUGAUAGGUGUGUAUCUGCGUUUGUGAAGUU